AUGAGCCAGACACCGGCACGGGUUCUUCCGGUGCAUAUGACGAUGGAUCCAACAGCUGCCGCCGACCAAUUGCUACCCUACCUCAAGCUGAUCUUCGGCAAUGCUCCGCAGCCUUGGCCCCUGGACUUCCUGGUCGUGGACAUUGACGGCGUCGACUGCCUCAUCGUCGAGGAGCUUUUACAGAUCGUGACGCCGAAGGUAAUCCACCUGGAGAUCGUCUUUCACAUUCCGCCACCCUUUCGCUUCUCGCUGCAGUGGCACGCGGACGUUUCGCCGAAGUUGGAUGCCGAGUACGAUGUUGAUGUGCUGAAUCCGGCCUCGGGUUGCUCGCUCAGCUAUGCGCUGCACAAGUUUCGACCGUUUGGAUACCACCUACUGCGGCUGACGCCCAACGACGUGAUCCUGGUACACCAAUCCAUCGCCUCGAGUGUGGAGCGAGGGCUGCAGCUGAAGCUGCCACAGGACGAAUUUGAAUGCUAUCGGAACAGCACUCUGUGGCUCCAGAUGCCAGCAGACUAUGUCCGGGAAUGGUUCUUCGCGAAGCAUCCCUCGGCAGCAAUAGGCCACAUUUGGUCAAACCUUUCGUCGCUGAGCAAGGAGACUGGCCGGCAGAAUGUGCCCUUCACUCUGGACUUCUAG